AUGAGAAACGCGCACAAGGGGGUCAUCGGCACCAUCGUGGUCAAUGCGGAAGGAAUUCCCAUCAGGACAACUCUAGAUAACUCUACAACAGUCCAAUAUGCAGGCCUGCUUCAUCAACUCACAAUGAAAGCUAGAAGCACAGUAAGAGAUAUUGAUCCUCAGAAUGAUCUAACCUUUCUUAGGAUAAGAUCAAAGAAACAUGAAAUCAUGGUAGCCCCAGAUAAGGAAUAUCUUCUGAUCGUUAUUCAGAACCCAUGCGAGUAGACACACCACAAGAAGAUUUUGAGAGACUAAAGUAGCUGUACUUUCUAAACUAAGAUUAAUUCUCUGAUAUUUAAUGUUCAACAUACUAAUGGGUUACUUUACGUAAUAUACAUAACCUCUCAUAACUAAUACUUUGCCAAGUUAAAAUUUCCAGCUGGUAGCUGUAUAUUAACUUGUGCUCGAGCAAGAAAACACUAUGUAUAUCUCAGUAUGCGGAACAAUAAAACAAAAUGCAUAACACGUGCUAA